AUGGCGACGGUAUCACCGCCAAAGGUCUCCGGGCGCCGGGGCGGGGAAGCAAACACGUUCCGCCGAAAUCAGCGGCCCCCCGUUUCGCGAGGGUCCCUGCGGGAAGGCCCGGGCCCCGCCCGCCCCGCCCCGCCCCCGGCCCACCUGCGACAGGUGGGAGCGCCGAGCGGCCGGGAACCGGGAGCCGGGAACCGGGAGCCGGGAACCGGGAGCCGGGAGCCGGGAACCGGGAGCCGGGAACCGGGAACCGGGAGCCGGGAACCGGGAACCGGAGCCAUGUCCGCGCCCGCGCCCCCGGAAGGGCCGGCGGGCCCGGGGAGCCGGAGCGCGGAGCCCCGGUGCCCGGAGCACGGCCUGGAGCUCCGCUGGUUCUGCGGCACGGAGCGCCGGCUCGCCUGCUCCGGCUGCACCGGGCCCGGCGGCCGCUGCCGGGGACACCGAGGCCGGCCGGCGCGGGAGCGGGCGGACCAGCUAAGGAACAAGAUCGUGGAUCAGUGUGAGAAACUGCAGCUGCAGAGUGCGAGCAUCACCAAGUACAUGGCCGACGUCCUGCCGGGGAAGAAGCAGAGUGCAGCGAGCUCAGCCAGCGGGGCCCGGGAGGUGGUGAUCCAGCGGCUGACCCUGCUGCGCAGCGUGUGCGAGAGCGAGGAGCAGAGGUUGCUGGAGCAGGUGCAUGUCGAGGAGGAGCGAGCCCAUCAGAGCAUCCUGACGCAGCGGGCCCACUGGAGCGAGGCCUUGAAGAAACUGGAGGCCCUGCGGACCAGCCUGGUGGGGCUACUCACCCACCUGGAUGACCUCAGCCUUGUCCAGGCCGAGCAGGAGAUUUUUGAGAGGUCAGAGGAAGCAGAGGGAAUCUUGGUCCCACAGGAGUCUGAGAAGUUAAAUUUUAAUCAGAAAUGUGUUCACAGCCCAGUACUCAGCCAGCUAUGGGCAUCCGCUGUCCUCUUCUGCCUGCCAGGCACCGAGGAUGUCCGUGUGGAUGAGAAGACUAUCAGCCCCUUCCUGACCCUGUCAGAGGACAGGAGGACCCUGACUUUUAACCCCAAGAAGACGAAGGUCUACCCAGACGGGCCGGAGCGGUUUGACCACUGGCCCAAUGCCCUGGCCUCCAGCUCCUACCAAGGUGGGCUCCACGCCUGGCUGGUGAGUGUGGGGCAGAGCUGUGCCUACAAGGUGGGUGUGUCCUCGGGCCUCCUGCCCCGCAAGGGCUCUGGCAACGACACCCGUCUGGGCCACAAUGCCUUCUCCUGGGUCUUCUCCCGCUAUGACAAGGAGUUCCGCUUCUCGCACGACGGCCAGCACAAGCCCCUGGAGCUGCUCCACUGCCCAGCUCAGGUUGGGGUGCUGCUGGACCUGGCAGCAGGUGAGCUGCUGUUCUAUGAGCCUGGCUCUUGUGCCAUCCUCCACUCCCACCGAGUCCCCUUGGCUGGACCCCUCUUCCCUGUCUUCGCCGUGGCUGACCAGAGCAUCUCAAUAGUCCACUGAAUGGGCAGCUGCAACUGUUCUACUGAAUGUUUCCCCUUUCUCUCUCUCUCUCUCUCUCUUUCUCUUUCUCUGUCUCCCUCCCUCCAGACCCCAGUGCCUGACUGGUCUGAUGCUGCCUAGCCCUCUCCCACCCUGGGUUUUCCACGGAAAUUUGGCCUAUGAGAUCCAACCACAGGUUGGUUACUACUAGGCUGGCUAGGGCUGGAAGGUGAGGGUCACGGAGCAGAUGCCAAAGUUGCCAUCUCAGCUCCACCUCUACACUGUUGAGUGGCCGAGGGGAGGUUGCUGCUCCCUUCUGGGCUUCAAAUUUCACCCGCAUAAAAUGGAGAGAAGGCAUGGUUCUUGCUGUUUUGAGGAGUGAAGGAAGGUCUCUCCAAGGUCCUAACCUCCCCAGAAUGGUGCAGUAACCUUGAGGCUUGCUCCAUAAAUAGUGAGUCCCAGACCUCCCUGUUUGCUCUUGCUAUUGAGUGGGCCUCCCUGCGGCCAGGUCCUCCCCUUCCUGACGAUGGACUUCCAGGUGACAAGCUGCCAGGUGGUGCCCCCUUCUAACCGGUGUCCCUUUCGCUUCCGGAGCCAGAAUUAACCUCGAUAGACUCCUGCCCAGCACCAGGCUUUCGGUGACUGUUGGUCGUACCCUCAGCUGCAGUUAGGGGCUGGCGUUGGGCCUGCCUGCUUGAGCCACUUAGUCCUGGAUCCCCUGGGCACCCCGAUCCCUCUUCUUUGCCAAUGCCACGGACUUCCUGAAGGUCCCGCAGCUGAAUGGAGGGGCUGCUGUAGUGCACUCUCUCUCUCUGUCUCUCCCUCUCUCUUUCUUUUUCUUUCCCUGGCCACACUACACUCCUUUCAUAGUGCAUUCAUCUCUCCACUUUCAACUCUGCUUCCUGCCCAAAUCAACCGGCCAACCACAUCCGGCUUCUGGGGCUUGUCAGGGCCAAUGUGAAGGACCGCUCUUGAGAACGGGAUGUGGAGAGCAGAAAAGAAACACAACCACUGUGGUGGCUGCUUGCCUCACUUCUCCCCAGACCCUGCUCUGAGCUCAACCUCUACUUCAAGGCCCCCCGUCCCCCACCCCCACCUAUCCACAUCUGCACCCCAGCUUCUUGCAACUGUUGCUGUGGGGGUGCCCGUUGCUUCUACCUUGUUUGCUCUAUGAAUAGCUCUUCUGAUCUCCCGGUGAGUUGCUGUGAACAUGGCUUUCCAGGCACAGCCAGGAAGGAGAGCAGGGGGCCUUGGAAGGGAAGGUGGCUGGGGCUGGUUGUACUGGAGAGAGGACAGUUGGGUGGUUCCUAUGGAAAGUGGCUGUAGAGAGUUGCUAAAUUAUUAAAUAUUUGGAAAGAGAA